AACCCGGAAGAGGGUGUAGUCCUGAUCCUACGUUGGGUGUAGUCCUGAUCAGGAAGCAGCGGACCGCCGGAGAACUGAACCUGAACAGCGACCAGGACCAGGACCAGAGCAGCCAGAAGGAGGUCCACACAGACCCCGACCCGCACUUUGUAAUAACUUUAUUGAGUGUUUCAGUGAGACAGCCGCUAGCUGCGUUCAGUUAGCCGCUAACAGCUAGCGCCGUGCUAACAGGGAAGUGACGGGUUCAGGUGAGGUCGGGCUCGAUCCGCAGGUGUGUCUGUGAAGAGGACCCGGACAGAAGAAGAAGAUGAGUGGAGGCGUGAACAGCAUCGAUGCGGUGAAGAAGAAGAUCAAAGUGCUGCAGGAGCAGGCGGAGGAGGCUGAGGACAGAGCUGAGAGACUCCAGAAGGAGGUGGAGAAGGAGAAGAGGAGCAGAGAAGAGGCGGAGGCCGAGGUGACGGCUCUGGGUCGUCGUCUGCAGCUCAGUGAGGAGAAUCUGGACCGGGCUCAGGAGAGACUGGCUACUGCCCUCCAUAAACUGGACGAGGUGGAGAAAGCUGCUGACGAGAGCGAGAGAGGUAUGAAGGUGAUUGAGAACAGAGCUCUGAAGGACGAGGAGAAGAUGGAGCAGCUAGAGGUUCAGCUCAGAGAAGCCAAACUGAUCGCUGAGGAGGCCGAUCGCAAAUAUGAAGAGGUGGCUCGUAAACUGGUGAUGGUGGAAGGAGAACUGGAACGAGCUGAAGAGCGAGCUGAGCAGGGAGAGAGUAAGGUUCGGAGGUUGGAGGAGCAGUUGAGGAGUUUCGACCAAUCACUGAAGAGCCUGCAGGCGUCAGAGGACAAGUACUCUCUGAAGGAGGACAGGUAUGAAGAGGAGAUAAAGAACCUGAGCAACAAACUCAAGGAGGCUGAGACUAGAGCAGAGUUUGCAGAGCGUUCUGUUGCCAAACUGGAAAAAACCAUUGACGGCCUCGAAGACGCUCUGACUUCGGCCAGAAACGCCAACAUGGAGCUGCAGGCGACUCUGAAUCAGACCAUGGAGGAGCUCAACUCCUGCUGAACCUCCUCCCCCUCCCUCCCCCCUCCCUCCCCCCACCACCCAGCAGGGACUCUGUGGCCAAAACAUUCCUCCUCUACUUCCUGUUACUCCCCUCUUCUCCUCCCUCUUCCUCCUGGUGGAGGUCAGGGCUCAACUGUGGCCAAACAUUCCUCCUUCCUCCUCCUCAUCUCUCUGCCGGCUUCUUGGUGGACGUCAGAUUCUCCUCCUCCUCCUCCUCCUCACUGAAUGCUUUCACACAUUCCUUCUCUGAACCUUUAAGUCACAUUUGGAGUGUUGCUUUAAUUUACUCCUCCUGUCUGGCCCUCCCUCCUCCAUCCUCUUCCUCCUCCCCUCCCUCUUCCUCCUCCUCCUCCCCUCCCUCCCCCCGACAGUGCCAACUCCUCCCCUCCUCAGUAUUAGAGGGAGGCCAGAUGAGGAGCUGCUAUAAGGGAGACUAACAGUGACUUACAGCCAUUCCCUCGUUAAUUAACAACUAAUUAACCUCUGAGUGUUUGUCUUAACGGUUUAUUGAUUAGUUUUCUUUGCCACAUUGAUUAAUGAUUGAUUGAUUAGAGCCAAUGUCCUGUAAGCCAAUGAUUUGUUGUGUUACCUCCCCCAGCCCAACAGGUGACCUUUGACCUGAUGACAUGAAUAAAUAAAGUUUGGAAAUGUUUUUACCAGGAAGCCAGUGAUGAUGUCAUCCCUGUGCUGAUGAUGUCACAGCUCAUUGUAAUAAAUCAUGAGACAGGAUUUUAUAAAAUAAAAGCGCUGCCACUGCUCUGUAGAUCCA